AGUAUCCAAUUUUGACAUUUUCAAGUAAGAGCUUUCCGGAAUUGAAACCAUAUCCAAUGCAUUUUAUAGAUAGAAAUAUUCCGUUUCCGGAAAAUGGUGGCCAAAGUCAUGAUGUAGCCUUGUCGUCUCCUAAAAUGCCAGAAAAAUGGGUCAAAAAACAUCUUCUAUGGCACGGAAAGUGUCACAGUCGGUAUCUUCAAUGUUUGGUUCAACCAAUGAUAGUGAAACAGGCCCAGGGCUUUCCUCUGCUUUGGCGAUAACACCUUUUGUAUACACUAAAAAAGGGUCAAGGUUUUAUGAUGAAGAUGGGGACCUAGCUCAUGAGUUUUAUGAAGAAAAAGAUAUAGGAGGUCACACAGUAAUGGAACAACACUGGCGGAAUCUCACACCUGAGGGUGAAGUAAAACUUCCCAUUCCAAGACUUCACAUGGAUUUCCCUGUUGUGAUAUGUGAGGCGCCAUAUUCCAGUUGACCUCAAUAUUUAAUGAUGUAAAUAUGUGGACCUCAUCCUUGAAUGGAGGUGUUUAUUCCAUAUUUUGUAAAGAAUAUCACUUGACAUGAAAGGAAAUAAAAAAUAGUUCUGAACCAACACCGAAGAACAAAAUUGUACAAAAACAUACAUAAGAAUAUUUCUGUCAAGGAAACACUUUUGUGAAAUAGUGGAUAUGUACAAUGUAUAUGUACAAAUAUAACAAACUUCAUAAAUAUGAAGACUGUACUGUUUUUUUAUCACUUGAAUUUUAAUAUAUAGACUAACUUAGGGAAUUCUUCUGCUUGAAUGAAUGUUGUGUUUUUCUGAAAAGAGCAUUCCCUGUUAUUACGUUUACAGUACACAUGCUUCAAAGUUAUUCCACAAGGACAGACGUACCUCAUUGAUUUAGGAUUAGUAUAUACAGUGUAUUACAAUCAUUAUAUGACUUUCUGUUUAUUUGGGAUGUGAAGUAUGAGGUACAUGUAUCAAGAUUGAAUAGGACUGUACUGUAACAGAUCACAUGCUGUUAAAUUUCAUAUAACACUGCUGUAUAUACUGAAAGUUAUUGUGAAGUUUUUCGCAUUAGAACUUCAAUAUAUGUUAUCUGUGAUUCGUGCAAUAAUUGUUUGCUUGUUUGCAAAUUGCCGUUAACAUUUAAAUGUGUAGUAUAUUGUAUUCCAGUCUUGUGAGUUUUAUUUCUGUAGAUAUUGUUCUUGUAUAAAAUGAACAUUUAUUUAUUACAGAGAGAUAUGAAGUCAAAGUAUUAUCAAGUAUGCCCAAUUUGUUCUAAUCAUGGGGUACUUUCAUCUGUAAUUUUAAACCAAUCAUGUUAAUUUAAAUGUGACUGUAAACUUUUGAAUAAAAAAAUAUAUUGAAUCACAUGUGUAAUAGGUAUGUAGUAUAGUACUGUGAAAUGUCUCAUUGAUAAAUGUUUCAAUAAAAUGCGUAACUGUUGGCAUGAUGAA